AUGUUUCAGCGUCUCCGCGAUGCCAUAGACUCGCGAAUUGCUGAGGAGCAGGCUCGACAGCGAUCGUCUCAGGAGUCCCUCGCUCGCUCCAACUCCGCACGUCGCCCCCCUGGUCGCAACCUGUCCCCGGGCAGACGACCGGCUAGACCCCGACGAAAUACUGGAACACCUGUGCGCGGACCGGAUCCCACCGAAUUCGAGCCCGAGUUUGCAAUCGGUGACGAUGAUUCAUCCAGCAGAUCGGGCACUCCUCGGCCGGAGUCGUCAGGCGCCCCUGAGAACACCCAGGGAGAGAAUGCUGAACAGAGCGAAGGCCCUGGGGAGAACGCAAUGAAUGAGAAGGAGGGAGCUCCGGAGGCAGAAUCCGCCCCAACAACGCCAGAACUGCCGCCUGAUGUGAAAGCGAAGCUGCGAAGGUUGGCCAAAAUGGAGUCGCGUUACCAGGAGCUUCUGAAAGCAUAUCGAUCGGCCCACUCUCGUGUCCUAUCAAUCGAGCCGUUCGAAGCUGCGUUGCGAGAAAAUACGCCAUUGACGUCGGUUGCCGACCCCAAGGCAUUCACCGAAUACCUGAACCAGAUUUCGCUGAAAGGAGAUCUGGUAGGGGAGGAACUCAAACGUAUAACGACCGAGAGAGACGAUUUCAAGAGUAAACUAGAGGAAGCCCAGAAGUCGGAGAAGACCGCACGGGAUGAGUUAGACAGCCUCAAGGAAAGUGCAACCAACGAAGGACAACCGAAAGCCAAUGAAGAUCACAAAUCGAACGAGAUAGAGUCACCAAAGGAAAGUGAAGAGAAUGAAGAGUUCUUUUCUUUCGACAAUGAAAUUCCUCGACUCGAGUCUGAAUUGAAAGACAAACAGGAAGAAGUUGAGAAGCUGAAGACUCAGGCGGAAAAUUUGAACCGAGAUCUGUCAGUUGCACGCGAGUCGACUGAAGGUAUGGUCCAGAACCUUGAAACCGCUACGCGAGAGCUGGUGGAGUUGCGUGACUUCAAGGAUAAGCAGGAGUUGGAGAUGGAAAGCCUUGAGACUACGAGGAAAAGUGAAAUCGAUGAACUUAGGUCUAAGCUUGAAUCGUCGGAAAAAAUAGUGACCGAGACGAAUGCCGAAGUCGAGAAGUUGAAGGCUGAUUUGAAGCAAAAGACAGACAACAUUGAACAACUCCAGGCGCAAGCCAAGCAGUCUGGAGAUGCUGAUCAAGAGGCAGAGUUGGCGUCAAAACUGGAAGAAGUUAAGCAGGAGAAGGAAGCCAACGAGAAGCGACUCGGGGUGCUGCAAGGCUUAGUGGAUAGUCUUCGAACUCAGCUCAAGGAAACUCAGGACACCGUCUCAGGCCUGAAGACUGACAUGGGUCAGAAAACGGAAGAGUCUGACAGACUGAAGAGGGUGGUUGAUUUCCUUGAUGGGAACCUGGAGGGUAAUGCCAAGUGGCAGGAAUCUAAGGACAAGGUUACGAAGGGCCAGAAGGCAGACUUCGAAGAGCUUCGACAGACCCUGGCACCAUCGCAGAGCCCGGAACCAACGAACGACAAGUCUGGAGCUACACCACAACCCGCCAACGCUGCAGGAGGCGCGGGAACUGCGGGGGCCGGAAAGAAGAAGAAGGGUAAGAAGAAGAAAGGCGGCAAGGGUGGUGAGGAUACCAGCAAGCCAACAGGACGCGCUGAUGCCGAACCAACCGAUUCAGCACCACAGUCAACUGAACCAAGUUCGGCCCUUGCUGAGCUCGAAAAGAAGGUUGAGAACCUUUCGCAACAGCUUAAGGAGAAAGAAGAGGCCAUCGAUCGUCUUGAUUCCAAGCUGAAGGGUGAGGAAGGUCUGAAGGAGGAAAUAGAAUCAUUGCGAGAUGAUCUGCUUAAUAUCGGCCAAGAGCAUGUCGAAGCAAAGGACAAGAUCAAGGAAUUGACGGCGGAGAAGUCUGCUUUGGAAGGCACUAUUUCCAAGUUGGAGGGCGAGAUCACCAACCUUCGCACAGGUGCCGCUUCAAAAUCGGCAGACUCCGAGAAGGCCCAUAAUGACCUCAAGGACGAAUAUGAGAACCUCAAGGUGAAAUCCACGACCAUUGAAACAGAGCUCUCAGCCGCACAACAGCUGGCAACAACGAGAUUCAAGGAUAUCACUGAAUUGCGCGAAACGAUUCAAAAAAUUCAACCUGAGCUCAAGAAAUUGCGAGGCGAGAGUGCGGAACUUAAGUCGACCAAAGAUGAACUCAAGAGCAAGACAGCUGAACUGAGGACAUUGGAAGGCAAACACGACGACUUACAGGCAGAAUUUAAAUCACUCAAAUCUUCGAUCUCAGAUCGCGAGACGGAAGUCAAGACUCUCAACCAGAAGAUCAAGCAGGAGUUGGAUAGUCGACUGAAAGCAGAAGAGAACUUGACAGUCGCACAGUCCGAUCUGCGGUAUUCUGAAAGCAGAAAACAAGAAGCCAUUGAGGGUAAACAGAAGGUUAUGUCCGACCUCUCAACCGUCCAGGACGAGCUAAAAGCAGCGCGAACAAAACUACGAGAGCACGAGCAACAGACCACUCAACUAAACAAGGAUCUCGACGGAUUGCGGGAGGAGAUGCAACUGAAGACGGCUCAACACGCAAGUGCGCAAAGCCUGAUGAAUAGCAUGCGCGAUCAAGCUUCCGAGCUCGGCAUGCAAAUGAAGGAGGCCCGGGAGCGAUGCGAGAGCCUGGAAGAGGAACUGGCAGAUGCCCACCGCCUCCUUAGUGAACGAACCCGUGAGGGUGAAACGAUGAGACGCCUCCUCAAUGACAUUGAGGGCCGUACCGAUGCUAAGACUCGUGACUUCAAGGAAAGGAUGGAGGCUGCGAUUGAAGAACGUGACCGCGCCGAGGACGAAGCAAGUGCGCAGGGUCGACGUCGGGCUCGCGAACUGGAGGAUCUUAAAACUAAGCUUCGCGAGCUGGAAAAGAGCUUACGGAGUGCAGAAGAAGACAAGGAAGAGUUAGAGCACUCUCAGAAGGAUUGGAAGCGCCGGCGGGACCAUCUCGAAGCACAGGCAGAGACGUCCACCCAAGAGCUUAACGAUGUUCAGCAGGCUAUGGCUCGAUUGCGUGAGUCCUUGGAUGAGAGUGAGAAACAGGUCCGUGACUUGGAGAAGGAGAAAGCAGAAUUGCGUCGAUCGGUUGAGCAGACCAACGCGCGGUUAGAGAAGAUGCGCAAAUCCAACAUGUUCUCCGACGAUGGUCGCUUUGGGACCAACCCGCAGUCCUCACGCUCAUCUAUUGAUUCUGGGUCCCGGAGAGGGGUGACUUCUCCCGCCCCGAAGACGCGCAGCCCAUCUACACAAAGAAGCGAUACACCCACUGGCGGUGUUGACUAUAUUUAUCUAAAGAACGUGCUCCUCCAGUUUCUAGAGCAGAGGGACAAGAACUAUCAGAAGCAACUGAUACCUGUCCUCGGGAUGCUUCUGCAUUUUGAUCGGACGGACGAGCAAAAAUGGAUGGCAGCUAUAACCUCAAAGUAG